GACGCUAAUGACAGUGACAUUUAAAUUUUCUCAUUGUACAUUUAUUUUUUGUUUACUGUUUAUCCACAAAAUGUUAUAGAAACAGAUAUUUCAGUUAAUCAAUCAUGGCUAAAGUUUUAACGGAAUCCAAGUUCGAAUCUAUAAAGCACGCUGUCGAAUUUGUGGACGUCCAAGACCAGUACAGUUGGCACGAAGAUUUGCGUUGCCAUUUCGUUUACAACGAUUACACCGCACAAGAAGGCGAUAGAGUGGCUAUAUUUAAAUUCGGCUGGAGUUUCGAAAAGGAUUAUUUAGUAUUCGAAUGGGCUCCGAUCGGUCCUGCUAUCCAGACCAGCAGUGUGACGUUUAACAGGUACUACUUUCCGAAGGAGAGGGACAAUCUGGAGCAGAUGUACCAAAUUUGUUAUUUAACUGGCGAAAACGAACUGCUGGGAGCCAGCAGCCCGUUCCAAUUCACCGCUGAGAAGCCCACGGUUGCUCACGUUUCAGAGGAAAGCGUGUACCAGAGCCUUUCGAAAUCUAAACUACUGAUCAAUCAUCCUGAUAACGAUGAAAUCAAGAAACUCAGAGAUGAAAACGCUGUUUUGAAACAGGCACUGAAAAUGGUUAUUUCCAUGAAAGAAGCAUCGACUUGUAAAAAUUAUGAUGCAGAGAUAGCCGAGCUACAUAAGUCAUUAGAUGCCGUUCAAUUGCAAGUAAAUUUACAACAGAAAGAAUUAAAUAUGUUGAGGGGGAAGAUAAUAGAAAGCGGAGAGGAGUACAAGAAGCUGUUUAUAGAGAAAUAUAAAGUAGAAAAGAAGUACGAGCAAUUGUUGAAUAAAAAAGGAAACUCCGCGAAACCUUUGAAUACUACGAACGAUUUUGAUCUAUCUAUAUUAGAAUCCUUACCGCCAUUUCCUAUUCAUAAAUCAGAUAAAUAAUUUAGGAUAUAAUCCAAAAUGUUUGUAAUUCUAAUAAUUUAUGUACAUAAUCACGAAAUAUGUAACUGUAGUGUAGAAUAACAGCUUAAUAAUAAAAUCGUUAAAACUGUAUAUUUAU